UGUGUUGCAAAAUUCACAGUGUGUUUUGCCAUCUGUUCUCGUUAAGAUAGGGAAAUGUUGUAUACCAUUGACUAGGUUCUUCAGGCUUGAAGGUCAGAGCUCUCUUGUCAUUACUUCUCAGAGUUAUUGAUUUGACUACGCGGUUGACUUUCAUGUGCACCUCAUUAAGAUGAGUAAUUGUUUCCCAAGUUUCAAGUGGAGAAGCAGGUCUUUUCAUGGCAUAAUUGCAUGAUUUACUCUGUGCAGCUAGUGGUAAGAGAAAUGGUUUACACAGGAUCCAGCUGUGAGUUUUCAUUUCUUGAGGAACAGAAGGCGGGACUAGAAACCAACCUAAAGCCAGGCAGGGCAUUGAUCAGACCAGAAAUGAUGUAGAGCACAGCCCUGCGGAAAGCACUGUGGAAAUAUUAGCUGGCAGAGAUAACCAAAAGGAAACGCUCAGUGGCAGAGUGAAACCAUCUGUCAGAUUCUGAACAGUUCCUCUCAAUAAGCAGAAAAUGAAGUAAAGAAGAGAUCUUGUUUCAAGGAACAGCAAAGCCUUAGGAUAUUUGUAUACAAAAAAUUGAAGCAAAGGAGGCCUGUGACUGGUUGCGAGCUGCCGGAUUUCCACAGUAUGCACAACUGUAUGAAGACGACUGAACACACUGAACAAGUGCGCCUCAAUGAAACUCGAUGUAAACCUCCAAAGGAAAAAGAGCGAAGACUCUGAUGAAGAAGAUCUUUGUGCCAUCAGUAACAAAUGGACUUUCCAAAGGACAAGCCGAAGGUGGUCUCGGGUGGACAACAUUGAUACCUUCAUUCAUCAGACAGACAAACAUGGGUCCCCGGGGGACAUUAAAAUGAAAAUCACCACCAGUAGCGAAAGUGUGCUUACCGAUCUGAGUGAGCCUGAAGUCUCAUCAAUUCACAGUGAGAGCAGUGGGGGAAGUGACCACAGGAGCCAGUCUGGGGUCAGCGGCCUUCUGAGGGAGACAUUUGACUGUUCAGGACAACACUGUGCAGAAAACAUUCUUGCGCAUGAUGCUGCAUCAAUUGGUAGUACCCCUCCCCAGCUUCCAGAAGACUCUCUUAACCUUGGGAAUGAAAAAACAACACGAACCAGAGCCAAAACGUUUCUAAAGCGCAUGGAGACACUAAAAACCAAAGGUGCACAUGGGAAAUUAAAAGGCUCUGGAAGGACUAGUGGCUUAGUAAUAAGUAGACCUAUGCUUCAGCAUGAGCCCAAAAGCUUAAAGGACAUGCAAUGUGUGCAGAUUGGGAAUGGGGACCUCCAAAAUAUAACAGUCCAAGACACAGUCAAACAAGGGUUUUCCUUCUCUGUUAAAUCCAGCAAUGACAGUAGCCAAUCAGAGAUUAGCAGUAGUGGCAUUAGCACCCCUUCCUUAAAGGAACGUAAAUAUCAUGAAGCAAAUAAACGAGGUGGCAUGUACUUGGAGGACCUGGAUGUCCUUGCAGGAGCAGCUCUGAGGCAAGUGAUGGAUCAAAAUCGUAGAAAUGAAUUCCAUUCCCAAGAGAACCUAGUUGUCCAUAUUCCUAAAGACCACAAGCCCGGGACAUUUCCUAAGGCACUUUCCAUUGAAAGCCUCUCUCCCACCGACAACAGUGUGAACUGGAGGACAGGCAGCAUUUCGUUAAGCAACAAGACCUGCUCAACGCCUAAAGAGGCCAGUCCCCUCGCUUCCUGUCCAAAGGAGAGCCGUGUCAGCAUUUAUGACAAUGUUCCAGGUUCUCAUUUAUAUGCCAGCACUGGAGAUCUUCUGGACUUGGAAAGAGAAAACCUUUUUCCUCACCUGGAUGACAUUUUGCAACAUGUCAAUGGGCUUCAAGAAUCUGUAGAUGACUGGUCCAAAAAUAUAUUGCCAGAACUGAAAAACAAUGCUUUAUCAAUUGGUGAGUGUGGGUCUUUAGCAUUCCAGUCAACAGCUAAGAUUUCAUUAGACUUUGAACAGAACUCUGUAUCUGAUGGCCGGACAACACCUAGUGAUAUGGAUAGAGAUGGGACAUCUCUCAAUGAAUCAGAAGCUACUGGUGUCAGGGACAGAAGAGACUCUGGUGUUGGAGCAUCUCUCACCAGGCCAAACAGGCGAUUACGUUGGCAUAGUUUCCAGAUCUCUCACCAACUGAGCCAUUCCAUAGGAUCAUUGCAGAUCAGCAGUCAGUCAGCUGCUCAAUUAAAUCUGCUGCAAAAAUUUUCUCUGCUUCGCCUUACUGCCAUCAUGGAAAAAUACUCCAUGUCAAACAAGCAUGGCUGGACAUGGGCUGUACCAAAAUUCAUGAAGAGGAUGAAAGUUCCAGACUACAAGGAUAAGAACAUCUUUGGUGUGCCUUUAAUAGUCCAUGUGCAAAGAACUGGGCAACCCCUUCCACAGAGCAUACAACAAGCCCUGCGCUUUUUACGCAACAAUUGUCUGGAUCAGGUGGGCCUCUUCCGAAAGUCAGGUGUGAAAUCUCGAAUACAGGCCCUACGACACAUGAAUGAAAGCUCCCCUGAGAAUGUCAGCUAUGAAGACCAGUCAGCAUAUGACGUGGCGGAUAUGGUAAAGCAGUUUUUCAGAGACCUCCCAGAGCCUCUUCUCACUAGCAAGCUAGGAGAAACUUUCCUCCAUAUCUAUCAAUAUGUUCCAAAAGAACAGCGGCUUCUGGCAGUUCAAGCUGCCAUAAUGUUAAUGUCCGACGAAAACAGGGAGGUUCUGCAAACCCUCCUAUGUUUCCUCAAUGAUGUCACGUCUGUGGAAGAGAAUCAAAUGACUCCCAUGAAUAUAGCUGUGUGUCUGGCACCUUCUCUUUUUCACCUCAAUAUAGUAAAGAAAGAAAGCUCACCACGAGUAAUACAGAAGAAAUACGCAACAGGGAAGCCAGAUCAGAAAGAUCUCAGUGAAAACCUGGCAGCUACUCAGGGACUUGCACACAUGAUAACAGAAUGUGAUAAACUUUUUGAGAUCCCGCAUGAGAUGGUAACGCAGUCUCGGAAUUCCUAUGUUGAAGCUGAAGUGCAUUCUCCUACUCUGGAGGAACUGGGCAAGCAAAUGGAGGAAGAAGGUGGGAGUUACCAGACCUUUCUUGAAAGUCUUACGCAGAACCUCUGUAAAGAAGCUAAGGAGAAAUUCAAAGGAUGGGUCACUUGUUCCAGCAUGGAAAGUACAGAACUCUGCUCCAAAAAGGUUGGAGAUGGAAAUCCUUUAAGGCUAUGGAAGGCUUCUGUAGAAGUUGAGGCUCCUCCAUCUGUUGUAUUGAACCGUGUGCUAAGAGAACGGCACCUUUGGGAUGAGGAUUUCUUGCAAUGGAAAGUCAUUGAAACCUUAGAUAAGCAGACUGAGAUCUACCAGUACGUUUUGAAUAGUAUGGCUCCCCAUCCGUCUAGAGACUUUUUAAUCCUCAGAACAUGGAGAACAGACUUGCCGAAGGGAACGUGCAUAUUAGUGGCUGUCUCUGUAGAACAUGAAGAAGCCCCUCUGAUGGGAGACGUGCGAGCAGUGGUUAUGGAUUCUCAGUAUUUAAUAGAGCCUUGUGGCUCUGGGAAAUCUCGCUUGACACACAUCUGCAGGGUUGACCUCAAAGGUCAUUCAUUAGAGUGGUACAAUAAAGGCUUUGGACAUCUUUGUGCAGCUGAAGUUGCCAAUAUCAGGAAUUCAUUUCAACCCCUGAUUGCUGAGGGACCAGAAACAAAAAUCUGAGUGUUGGAGACCCUGCAUGUAUGGAGUUCCAUAUAUGCACUAGAGUCACAGGAUUUCAGCCUACAUUUGUGCAAUAACUGAGCAAGGAUUGUUUUGAAGGUUCUGCCAUUGCCUGGAAAUAUCACUCCCUUACCCCAUAUCCAGCAUCUAUUGAUUUACUUCACUGCAGAACAUUUUUUUAAAGAAUUUAUACAGGCUUUAAAAGAAGCCUUUGCUUGUGUAUGGCAAAAUUAUAUUUAAAAGCUUCUGAGAAGCUUAUUUUACAGUGUAAAUAAGAAAUCUAAAUAUUGUAUAUACUUUGCUAUGUAUAGUAUCUAUCUAUCUAUAUAUGUAUAUAUAAUAUUAAGUUUUGUAUAUAAGCUGGUGCUUUCUAUAAGAAAUUAUAUGCAUCCGUUUAGAAUUAUUUUCACUCUAUUAGAUCUCAGUAUCUCCCAGCUUUUGUUAACAGUGUUUGCUAUUAUUGCAAUGCUCUGAGACCAUCAGUGUGAUGAUUGGCAAUAAGGGGUGUACUGGAUGCCAUGUUUACACUGUGCAAACAUGGAUUCCAUGUUUGCACAGUGUAUAAAGAGAUGCAUGAAGAUGGACGAAGGAAGGUUGAGAAGAAGCUGUUAAGAGGAGAGAGAAUCAUAUGCUCAAAAGUAAGGAACAAUGGAAUAUUGGUCUAGCUAGACAGCCUGUAAUCUGGGCGCAUUAUAAUUUGGUAAACAAUAAUUUACAGUGGCCUGUAGAAAGUCAGAAAACUAUGGUGAGAGAUAAGGAUGUAUGGAUUUUAUUAAAUCCAUUCCAUUUUUUGUUCUAUCGUCUGCUCAUAGAAUUUUGUUGGUUUGUUUUUACGGAUGUAUAAAAAUGUCAUUCCACUUGCACAGCAGAUUUACACUGAUGCACAAUAGUGCUAGUGCGAAUUUGCACAAAUCUCCCCCCACUCAAAAAAAAGUUUAAAAACGGCCUGCAGGUUUAUGUUACUCAGAAAAAGCCAACCCACUGUUGGAUCUGUAGGUCAGAUUCAUAAAAAUGCGAACUCAUUUGUAUCAGGUGCAUAUUUUUCUGACUUCCCUAAUUGCAGACCAGAAAACAUACCAGUUGCCUUAAGUAAUAGAGUCGUGAAAGUCAUUGGCUCAACUGAAAGCUCACUAUUUGCAAUAAUCGUAUUUGUUGGACUAAUGGGCUAAUCCUUAGACUUACCACACUAACAAAUAAAUGCAUAUAAUGUGGUGAACCAACUGUUGCACCUACAUGUAACCUUACAUAGCUAUUGCUUACCAAAAACCAGUAACCAUUGCUUAGGAUUCAAAUGUAAGGAUGGGCAUUCAAACUAUUCAUGCCAGAACCUUGGUGUCUGUAGGGCUAUUCUAGAGCAAACAAUAAUUAAUUUAAAGCUUGUGUUUUGAGAUCCUGUCUGAAGAUUUGGUGUCCCUCCCAGCAGGUGAAGAUUUUCAUCUUGAUUCAAAGGAAAUGACUCCUGGUUAUAUUUCACUGAAAUUAAUGAGACUUGAGUUAGUCAUUGCUACGGCUAACACAAAAAUGAGCAGCCCAGAGAUCGUUGUGCAAUGGGAUGGCCUAUAAAUAACAUACAUAAAUAAUAAAUGUUGCAAUGUCCUAGUUCUCAAUACAAAUCCUGGCAACUCGUAAUGGCUGACCUCCUAUCCAUGGCAAGCAUUAUGAGCCCAUAGUUCUUCUCUAGAUUGGGCUAUAAUCCAAAGCUGGACAAGAACUCCUUCCUACCUCCCACUCCCACCUACACACUUAACUGGCUGCAGGUGUUGAAAUGGCAGCAGAGGCAGGGAGGAGAGGUCUCUACCGACUUCUCUGGUCCCCUGCAAUGACACCUCCUCAGGUAUUAGGAAAUAUAGUUUUUGGGGGGUCCUGACAUCUAAGUAGCUGCUGUAGCAGUAUUCCAAGAGCAUGAAAGUAGGGAGACUCCUCCCUCCUUAUUACUGCAGAAGUAGCAACCACAGCCACAAGUAUGUAAGGGCAAGAAAUGAGAGACCUUCCAAAGCAAUGAUAACUAGGUAAGGAAGCUUGACUUCAUCAUGCCCCCAAUGAUGGGGAAUGUGAUGGAGCAUAAACUGGGCACAGCAAUAACUAUACUAUUUUUCAGCUAUUUAAGAAAAUAGCUCAGAUGGCUGAGCCCAUGACAAUCAAGCUCGGAGACGCUAGGUUGCGUUGUUGAUUUUCAUGAGACUUGAUGACAACUAACUUCCUCUGUGCUGGCAGGUGUACCAACAGCAAUGCCAAUACGUCACUAGAAAUGAUGGUAGAGACUAGAUUACUGGUUUAAAGAAAAUAUUACACAUCAAUUGACAACCAAACAUUGCUCUUAGCAAUGAUAGGCACCUUCAAACAACUUUUUAUUGUUAAUAAUGGACUUAAAGUACUUAAUUUAGAAAUCUUGCCUGCAUAAUCACAAGCUAUUACGCCCUUUGUAGCAAAAAUUAUGUUGAGCGGUGUUUCUACCUACAGAAUAUCCACACAAUAGGGGCUAGAUCUCUAACAACACAAUCCCAUGCAUGUCUACUCAGAUGUAAGCUCCAUUGAAUUCAAUGGGUCUUAAUCCAAGGUAAAUGUGUAUAGGAUUGCAACCUUAAUAAGCUUUUUAACACUGAACUUUUUUAAAAUAAGUUUUUAUAAGGUGCAUCAUAAAUUGAAAAGGACUAAUAAGAAAUAAUCUCUGGGAAGUGCUAGUAACAAUGUUGUGGGUUUUCUUAUCCUGUCUAGGAUGGCAUUGUGCUUUGGUCUUGAAUGCUUUGGCUUUUUCAGGAUGUUCAUUUGUUCUCUGCUGGUAUUCUAGAGUGGUCGCCUAAGGGUCCAUUGGAUAGUACAUAUGCAAGGACUACUUAUAUUCAUAAAUGGGGAAAUGCUUUAAAACCAAUAAUUAUUUUGAAAUAAUUUAUGGAGAACAGGGUGUUUUAAUAUUAAUAAUAAAAAUUAAGCUAGCAUAGAACAAAAAAAUACAAUUUAAUUUAAAACAUGCCAUUAUUUUCAUACAGAUUAAAGUCAGGGUCAUUCUGGCAUUCUUUGCAUCACUGUACAAGUCUGUUUAGUCAGGCCACAAUUCUACACACACAUACCUGGGAGCAAGCCACAUUGAACUCAGUGGGGCUUGCUUCUGAGUAGACAUGCAUGGGUAAGAUCCAAUGUUAUGUGAGUGAAUUUUCACUUGUCCAAUGGGGCC